AUGUUCAAGACGGUACUUGAGCUUUCAAUAUUUAGUCUAUUUCCUCCCCCUCUCUCUUUUUCACUUUCACUUUCUCUCCCCCCUCUCUCUCUCUCUCUCUCUCAUUCUCAUUUCCUCUUCCUGUCUCUUUCUUUAAUUUUGCUGAAUAGAUUGGUUUUUAUUUUCUCUCUUAAUCACCCACCUCCUUUCUUUCUUUCUUUCUUUCUUUCUUUCUUUCUUUCUUUCUUUCUUUCUUUCUGUCUUUCUGUCUUUUUUCUUUAUCUAUUUAUUUAUUCCUUUUACUAUUUAUUUAUUUAUUCAUUUAUUCAUUUAUGUAUUCGUUCCUAUCGUACUUUCUUUUUCUUUCUUUCUUUCUUUCUUUCUUUCUUUCUUUCUUUCUUUAUUUAUUUUUUUAUUUGUUCAUCAUUCACUGAUUCCUUCCUCCUUUCGCUUUUGUUGAUUUUUUUUUAUUCCAUUCAUUCAUUCAUUCAUUCAUUCAUUCAGUCAUUGCGUUCUUUCUUUCUUUCUUUCUUUCUUUCUUUCUUUCUUUCUUUCUUUACUCACAGAGCUUUGUCUUUUACUUUAUUUCGCACUUCCAUUUUUCUUCUUUUUCUUUCUUUCUUUAUUUCUUUCGUUAUCCAUUAUUUAUAA